AUGUCACACGAUCCAGUAAUUCCUAAAUUACAAGAACCCGUGCCCGUGCCGCAAUAUAUAGCGGGUCUCAUUCCUGUAAUCGCAAUAUUAGGGACAUCCCCAUUUAUACGUUUGAUAUUCAAACUUACUUGGGUACUAAGGUGUCUCGGUUGUCCUUUCACAGGUCUGUUUUACUACCUGGUCAUAGGAGUUGACCCAGUGGAAAUGUGUAUAUAUUGGCUUCCUGAAGAAUAUUUUGUUACCACAAAAGGAAAAAAACUUGACUUUCAUCCAGUCGGUCUUCAUGCUAAAAAUAUGCUGAUUACUUGGGAGCAAGAGAAAAUUAUGGAACAAUGCACAGCAAAAGCAUCGGUGCUGGACCGGCUAUCUUCAUUACCAUAUGUAUAUUAUAUAAUUGUUGGAAUAAUUUCAGCAAUUUCGAGUAUAGUGGAACCAUGUACUCCUGAAGAUUGGCCCUCUUUGACUUUGUCAUUUCUUUGGACGAUACCGGUCAUUGCUGGGAGGACAUUAAUAACAGGAAUCCUUGUAGUCAAGGAUCCUAAAACAGAGUUAAUGGGUCACUCAAUAAGAGUGUUAGAAGAAAAUGAAGACAUAAAGGCUACAAAAAAUGAAUUUAUUGAACGGAAUGAAAAACUCAUACCAAAACAAUUUGACAAACGUUGCAAAAGGUUAAUGUUUAUAAUUACUACAUUACUCUCUGUAGUAUUGCCAUGGGUUUCAGUAGCCAUGGCUUUUUUCACACCACCAAUUGGGUUCUUUUGUAGAUCCAAAUUUCUUGCAGGAUUAUGCACUUUGUGGACGUUUAAUAGUCUUUUAGAAUGCAUUUACCACAUUAAUUUUGGAUAUGGCUUUUUAAAAGGAAAAAAAACGAAAAAAAUUAUUCACGUUUAUUUUGUUUCAUCUGGUAUUGCAGUAACACUACUUUUGAUUCUGCUGAUUGUGCUUAUCAAUGAUUCACAAUUGUGGGUUAAGAUGUUUGGAGACGAGUGUACAACUUCCUGCAUUUCCGGAGAUUAG